GUCGAAAACGAAAGCAGGACGUCCGCGGACGAAAGUUUGGGACGAAUUCGACGACGAUGCGGUGCUGGCGGCGAAGCGAUACUGCCGGUGCAAAUGGUGCGGCACAGAGGUGAAGGCCGAUGCAGCCCGCAUGUACAAUCACGUUACAGAUCGCUGUCCACAUAUUGACGUGACCACGCGACAAACGUACCAGGCACCAGACGGAAACGGCCCGGCCGAGUCGGUGAGCGACAUGGAUGACGAAGCAAAGGAGUCGUCUGCCGUCGUAACGAAUAUGAACGCGGGAAUGAAACCAGAGGUCGGUCUUGUAAAAGCAAAGGGCGGGAGACCGAAGGACCCGAUUUGGAACGAAUUCAGUACGAACGACGAUCUUCGCAAACGACGGUACUGCAUGUGCAUCUGGUGCGAAAAGGAGGUUAAAGGCGACACCACCCGCAUGACGGCACAUGUGCUGGAACGAUGCACGGUAGUGGACGCCCUGACAAAAGCCAAAUACACCGUCAAGUUUCGCAAAUUACACAAUGACUCCACGCGAGUUGACCACGGCGAUGUACUGUCGAGCAUUUCCGCGACAUCCACUCUUUCAACUUCCCCGACGAUCUCAAAAGGGGAUCCCCCGACGGCCGCGACGGCCGAUGUCACGGCCCUUGUCCCUGCUCCAGCAUCUCCGUCACUUCAGCAUUCUACGUACCCGAUCCUGCAUGCCGAAUCCCCGCCUGGACUCACUCUAUCCAAGUUCGGGUUUCUCAAGGAGUUGGGGCUCCAAGACGAGAAUCGGGGAGUGUUUGGGGGCGGCGAUUGGUUUGGUAAAGGCUCAGUUGUCACAGUGGUGAACCCGUCGACAAAUGAGUCGAUUGCGACCAUUCAGUGCGGUACGAUGGACGACUACAUGCAUGUGGUGGAGACCAUGGACGUGGCGGCCAUUACGUGGCGACAAGCAUCCAUGGAGCGGCGAAGUGCCGUCGUGCACCAGAUUGGCGAUGCAUUUCGCUCGCACCAACGAAGUCUGGCGCAUCUGGUAUCGAUGGAGUUGGGGAUCGUGUUGGACGAAUCCAUGCGCCACAUCGACAUGAUGAUUCACACCUGCGAUUCUGCCGCCACGGCCGUGCGAGCGAUUCCAGUGUCAACGGUGCAAGAACCCACUGAACAAUCGAGAAAUGAACGUUGUACCAAGACGCUAGUCUUCGAACGUCACGUCCCUUUGGCUGGCCACGUCGGCCUUCUCACGCCCUUUCACGCCCCGAUGUGGACCGGCGCGAUGGCGCUUGCCUGCGGCAAUGCUGUGCUGUGGAAACCUUCCCUGAUGCUCACAUCAAUCGCCAUCACCCACUUGAUCUCGGCGGUUCUCGCACGGAACGGCUUUCAUCCGGGAUGUGCGUCGUUGGUCUGCGGCAGUGGUCGAGAAAUCGGGACGUGCCUGGCCAAAGACAAACGGAUGGCUGUCGUGCGCUAUAAAGGAUGUGUGGACCACGGCCAUCGAGUCGGCAUGGCUGUCGCAGAGCGCAUGGGGCGAUCGGUCUUGGACCUUGACACGCAGAACGCGGUCGUCGUGCAUGCGGAUGCGGAUGUGGACCAUGCAGUGCGCAUGAUCGUCAAGGCAAUGGGACGGCGCAUCUUGAGGCGAGUCUACACCCACGUCGACGUAUGCGAUCGUUUUCGCCGACUCCUUUCCUUGCACUACCGGGAAGUCGUCGUUGGCGACCCGUUUCAAGCGUCCACCGCAUGUGGGCCGCUGCGAAAUUGCCACGCAGUCCAAGCAUUCACCAACACGAUUAAUGCCAUGAUCCCCAUGUCGUAUGGCCAGAUCAUCUGCGGAGGUUCUGUACUGGACCAACCAGGCAACUUUGUCGCCCCCACCGCCGUUUUGAUCAACGAUCUUCUCUCAAAUGUGCAGAUGGACGCGCUGUCGCCGAUCACCUUUGUGUCUACGUUCCACAACCUCAAUCAAGUGAUGGUGGAACGGCAGCCUCUUGAACGCAUCAUUCUCUUCACUCAAUCCUCUCUCGCGGCUGCGUUCGAGUUUACUGGCGCGAACGUGAUUGGCGUCAACUGCGACGUCCCCAGUGACAUCGCAAUGAGCGGCACGUCGUGGACGACCUAUAUGCGACGUACUACAUGCACCGUGAAUAUGACACCAACCGACAACCAAGAACAUUCACCGUCAACGCACCUCAUGGACCCGUCAACCCAAAUCACGUCGUUGCAUGUCCUGUGAGCCGAUCCAUCCCCCAAGUGCGCCGUGGACGCCGCGUGCGUGUUGUUAGAAAUUCCGGAUAUUAAGUAACCGGAUAAUCGAGAGGAGUGCGCCAG